CUAGCUCAGGACAUUCCUGGUCAAAUACUCCCAAGGAUUGUAACUACAUCUCAGAGAUUUCAUGAAACCAAAAUGAUGACAGUGGACGAUUUCAGAUUCUAUGUAUAACACGUUUGGAGAAAACUUUCUGCUGAAAAUGGAGAAUGUCACAUUUGAGAAUGCUGGAGCCAACAACUCAAACAUAACUUUUGAAAUGACAUGGACCAGCCCUUAUAAGACUGUUGAGAUUGUCUUUAUAGCUGUUGUAACUGGAUCCCUCAGUUUGGUGACAGUGGUUGGCAACAUAUUAGUUAUGUUAUCCAUCAAAGUUAAUCGCCAAUUGCAGACUGUGAACAAUUACUUUUUAUUCAGCUUGGCCUGUGCCGAUCUGAUCAUUGGAGUCCUUUCCAUGAACUUGUAUACAGUCUAUAUUAUUAAAGGCUAUUGGCCUCUGGGAGCUGUAGUCUGUGACUUGUGGCUAGCUUUGGACUAUGUUGUGAGCAAUGCUUCUGUAAUGAACCUGUUGAUUAUCAGUUUUGAUCGUUACUUCUGUGUUACGAAGCCACUGACUUAUCCAGCUCGAAGGACCACCAAAAUGGCUGGGUUGAUGAUAGCAGCGGCUUGGAUACUCUCCUUCAUCUUGUGGGCUCCAGCCAUCCUCUUUUGGCAGUUCAUUGUUGGCGAACGCAAGGUGAAAAAAGGACAAUGUUACAUUCAAUUCUUCUCCAACAAGGCUGUAACAUUUGGCACAGCCAUUGCAGCGUUCUAUCUGCCAGUUGUCAUCAUGACUGUUUUGUACAUCCAAGUCUCCUUUGCCAGCAGGAGUAGAAUGAAAAGUCAUAGGACUGAAAGUCAGAAAGAGAAUACGUCUCGAUCUUCCAACUUCCUCAAGAAUCACUUCAGCAAGCAGCAGAAUAACAAUAAUUUUCCCAAGCCAACGACAGACUCCUCCAGUGACACUCUGAGGAAUGGAAAGGUGGAGGAAAAGCUCUCCACGAAACACGUGUCCAUAAGCCAACGAGAGGAGAAGGAGACCUCAAAUGAGUCCAGUUCAGCCAGCACUAUCCCACCUAAUCUUAAAGAGAAAGGCACAAGUGAUGUCAUACAGCAUGCACAAGCACCAAAACUGUCCAAAAUGCAGACCUCCAAAUGGUCAAGGAUCAAGAUAGUCACCAAACAGGCUGGCAAUGAAUGUGUCACAGCCAUCGAGAUCAUGCCUAGAAAUGCAACCAACAACACAGUGGCAAACAAGCCCGGCAUUGUCGCCAGGAAAUUCGCUAACAUUGCAAGAAGCCAGGUGCGAAAGCGACGCCAAGUAGCUGCCAGGGAGAAAAAGGUCACACGGACAAUCUUUGCAAUCCUACUGGCAUUUAUAUUCACGUGGACUCCUUAUAAUGUCAUGGUUCUCAUCAGCACCUUCUGUGGUAACUGUGUCCCUGAGACUGUUUGGGUCAUUGGGUACUGGCUGUGCUACAUCAACAGCACUGUCAAUCCGGCUUGUUAUGCCCUCUGCAACAUUACCUUUAAAAAGACUUUCAAACACUUGUUACUGUGCAAAUACAAGAAUAUUAGUAAUGCAAGAUAAAGUGAAUGCCAGAGUCUGGUGCGCAACUUGUAUUUGCUGUGGAUUUAAAAAUGGAGGCGUUGUAAAGCGGUAUUUUCUGAGAUACCAGACUUACACUGUGCUUGUAUUUUCAAUCUAAAAUUCUACUCUUUCCCUUCCUUAAGUAAAGCAUGUACAUACCAUAUAAGCAAAGACAUGGCAGUGUGAAAAAAAAUCAUAACACAUUCUAAUAUUGUGUAGGUGCUAGUAGUAGACCAAGUCAGAAAUGUGCUUUUCCUUGUGUCUAGCUUCAGCUCAUCAGCUCCAAUUGCGUCAGGACACAGAAGCUUGACAUGUUGAGAAGUCUGUAAAUUACAAAAACUGAAGUAAAAGUGUAAGAUAUCUAGACAUAGCAGAGUGAAUGCUGUGAGCAGCAUUUAACGGGUGAUAUCACAGAUUCCAAAAAAGGUUUUUGACAUCACCUGUACCCCAAGGUUAAAUUACAGCCCUUCCUUCCCCCUCAGCUAUUUAAAUAAUGUAAUGUGAUCUUGACCAAGUGAACAAGCCCAUGUGAAAGCUGAUAUCGUACUGACAGGGAAUGAUGAGCAGAAUCAAUGAGGCUGUCACUGCCAAAUGUGACAGUCACAUGAUUCACCAAAAGGUAUGUUAUUGGAAUUAUAUAUCCUUUAU